AUGGGGGGGUUCGGCCUCCUUCAGGCCAACGUGGCCCGCUCCCCCGGGGCCCAGGACCUGCUUAUGCAGGCCCUGGCGGAGGGGGGCUACACGUUGACGGUAGUGGCCGAGCCGAGUCGCGUCCCGCCUAACCACCCGAGUUGGUUGGGCGGGCGCAGAGAUAGAACUAUCGCCAUAUAUUGGCGGUCGUGGCAGGGUGCGCCCACCACGACCGCCCUGGAAAGGGGCGAUAGGCACGUCAUCAUGCAGUGGGGGCCUAUCGCGGUCGUGGGGGUUUAUCUAAGACCCACCAAGAAUCUCGCCCAUUUCGAGGACUGGCUGUCGGACAUUGAGCGAUCUGUACGUCGCCUGAGUCCGAAGCCGGUCCUGGUCGCCGGGGACUUCAAUGCCUGGAGUACGGCUUGGGGUUCCCGGCGAACCAACAGUAAGGGCGAGGUCUUGGAAAGGUGGGCGGCGGCGCUCGGCCUGGUCUUGUUGAACCAGGGCCGGGUUUCCACCUGCGUGCGGCGGGAGGGGAGGUCCAUCAUAGACCUCACUUGGGCGACCCCCUCCGCCGCGCGACUAGUCACCUUGUGGAGGGUGAUGCGAGACACCGAGAACUUAUCGGAUCAUCGAUACAUAUCGGUGGAACUCGGUGUACUCGCGUCACUCGGGCGCCGCCGAGAGUCACGACCGCGAUGGGCCAUCAAGAGGCUCCGCGAGGACGCCCUGAUGGCCUCCAUCGAGGCCGCCUGCUGGGUCCGGGGGACUUUCCCCGAGACCCAUGAGACGGACCCCCUGCAAGAGGCUGAGUGGAUCGGGGCAACGUUAACAGCAGCGUGCAACGCUGCGAUGCCCCGAUCCAAGACUCGGCCUCGGCGGGCCGUCCACUGGUGGACGGACGAAAUUGCCGACUUGCGCCGGCGAGCCGUCCUCCAGCGGAGAAGAUUCGCCCGCUGCAGGCGCAGGGGCGAGCAGGCGGCCGGGGAGAACGAGGGCUACCUUGCGGCAAAGGCGGCCCUCAGGAAGGCCAUCAAAGUGGCGAAGGGCCGGGCGUGGACGGAGUUCCUCAACUUCCUAGGAAGAUCCGUGGGGGCGCCCUUACAAAAUGGUACUUGGGAAACUGAGGACAUGGGCGCCCCCGCUAACGGAGCGGCUGGACGUGGGAUUCGUCCAAAGGGUGGUACAGACCCUUUUCCCCGACGACAUCGGGGAGGACGGGGGACCGCCCUUAUAGCCGGGGGAAGACUCCCCCGACUGGGACGAUUCCCUCGACAUCCAGCCGGAGGAACUCCAGAAGGCCGCCAGGAAGGGCCUCAGGGGCAACACAGCCCCGGGUCCUGA